AUGGGAAAGAGAGUAUACGAUCCAAUCCAUGAUACUUUCCAACUACGAGAAGACAAUCCUGAGGAAAUAAAAGCAAGUUCUCCAGAGCACUCUACACAACCAGAAGCAACUGAAGAAGAAUAUCCAGAUUCCGUUGAAUCAGGAGCCGAAAUUGUGGAUAAUAAAGGGAUUCCAGUUAUACAUGAAAUUGAAAUUGACGAUAAAAAUGAUGAUGAUUCCACGCAAAGUGAAGAAGAAAAUACCAACAUCUUACUCAACUUUGAACCUUCUAUGGUGCCUGAAGUAACAGGAGCGGAUGCAGGAGCGGAAACAGGGCCAGUUAUAACGAACACUGUUAAAAAAAAGUCUAAGGAGAAUAAUUCAAGUAAAUAUAAUCGUCAUCUGAAGAAACCUGACGGCGAACCAUUCAAUAGGAAAGAUAUCCAAUUCAGUUUCAUACAGGAACUAUUGAUGGAUAAGAGGCAAAUUUUUACCAAUGUUUUAAAGCCCUCAUAUAAAAACUCUAUUGUACCCAUUAAUAUUGAUGGCGAUAAGGUAUCAAUCAAUGUGACCGAUAAAGAAUACGAUGCGAGAACGUUUGUGUUCAAUGAUAAAUUGACAUUUGCACAAUUGUAUGUGUUGACAAUAGCAACGUCUAUCAAAUGUUCCAAAAUACUUAGAGAUAAACUGUUACUGGAUCAACAAGUGGCUUUUUCUACUUGCGUUUUAGCGUUACUGGUCAAUAUUGGUAGGUUGAACACCACCAUAAACUUCUAUCUAGAAAUGACUUCGCAAUUGAGAACUUUCCAUUCCGUACCUGUUUUACAAUUACAUGCCAACGACCCAAAACUUUUACAAGAUACACCGAGAUUGAAAUCUAUUUUGAAAAAUCUACCAUGGGGUAAUCAGCAGAUUUCAUUAAUGGAAACCUACGAAAAAGUUGACCAGAAUGAUGGCGAAGUGGACAUUGUUAAUAGAUUCAACAUUAUUAAUAUGCUAUUUAGCAUAUGCGACAACUUCAGCCUAGUUGAUAAAAGAUUUCUUUCUAAAUAUAUUGCGAUCGAAUCUGAAGCACAUGUGGCGUUUAGGGCUCAAGAAAAAAACGUGGAAAGAGAAACGAAUGAAGUGCAAGAAAAGGAAAGGGAUAAUGAAGAGAAAGAGGCAAAAACAAGUUGUGCAACAUUAUUUGAUAUUCUAGAUUCUUCGAAGUACGAGCCAAAGGACAGAUCCAACGUACUGAUUUGGUUAUUAUAUAUCCAUUUGGAGACUAAUCUAAGUCAGGAGGAGGUCGACGAAUCAGUAAAAAUUUUAAAUGAAUUAGAAGGCGGUGCAUCAAGUGGAAUGCUCACUUUGAGAUGUACGGAUCGAAGCUACGAUAUAGACCCCGAAGAUGAAUUGGAGUUCGGAGCCAGUCAACGCAUCAAGAGAAGGGAAUUUAUGAGCAAAAUGGAGGAAGGUAGGAAACGCGAACGUAUCAAUGCUACAGAAGUAAAAAAUGUCAAUUCAGAUGACAAGAGUGAAGAGGACGCUGAGGAGGAAGAUGACAAGAGUGAAGAGACUGUGGAAGAGACUAGAUCACUUUUGACGCCUACACCUAUACUAGAAUCUUCUUCCCCUAUGGUACUAAACAAGAGAAAAACGACACCACAGCCACCCAAAGCAACUGCAGUAACUACAGCGCCAGCGGAAACAGACGAAGAAAUCACAUCCGGCGUCAUUAUUGACAAGAAUGACUUAAAUCUAACACCAUUGAAAAAGUAUAAUAGUUCUGCGACAAUAAACAAAGUAGACAAGCUGAUAUCAAUAGAUCUAAACAAGCGUGUAUCGGAGAGUGGAAAGACACAGGAAGAAUUUUUGGCUGACUUGAAAAAAUCUCAAGUGCCUAACAGGUUGAAAAGACGUGAUAUCGGACUGAUCAAGAUAUUCAACGAAUUUGAAGACAUCCCAGUAGCGUCCGUGCUUGGGAUUCGUGGUAAAAAAAGGAAGAAGUUCAAAGAUAACGUGUUAGGAUUCGAAACAGAUUUCAUGAAGAAUCUUGGCGCUUCAAAGAAAGUAUUGCUGCAAAGAAUCGAACAUGCGGACAUAGAUGACGAAGAACCAAUUACUAUGUUCAAAAUGUAA